UUCGUACUACGGGGCACAAGGCUCUGUUUGGCACUCUGAAUAAGUUAGCUUUUGUUUCCGCUUUUGCGGAAUCCGGUUCUGUGAAAAGUUCAACUCGAAAACAGUUGGUUUUGUUAAAAGUGCUUUCUCUUUCGCUGUGUUUGUUUGGUUUGCUGCGUUCGCCGAAGUAAAAAAGACGUAGCAAAACGACACGCGUAACUAACUUUCGCGUCGGUUGAGGAAAUGGUGGUGAGAAAUUGCAAGCGUUCGGUUUCUCGUUUCCUCGUUCGGAGGUGGUGGUGUUUUGAAAUGGCAAUGGGUGAUGGUAGUUACUGUAGAAAGUCGAGCUGGGAAAUAGCAAUGGGUGAUGGUAGUUAUGAUAGAACUUUGAGGGAGUUCUGUAUUCCGGAUUACAUAUUACUGUCAGGAUCUGAGGGGAAAAGUGUCUCGCAUGUACCUGCGUGCCCUGUGAUUGUUUUCAUAAACUCCAAAAGUGGUGGCCAGCUUGGAGGGGAGCUUCUUGUUUCCUAUAGUACACUUCUUAACAAAAACCAGGUUUUUGAUUUGGGAAAAAAUGCUCCGGAUAAGGUGCUGCAGAAGCUUUAUGCGACUUUGGAAACGCUCAAGCACAAUGGGGAUGAUUUUGCAGCUGAAAUUCAGAAUAGAUUGAGAAUAAUUGUUGCAGGUGGAGAUGGUACUGCUAGCUGGCUUCUUGGAGUUGUAUCUGACCUUAAAUUACGUCAUCCGCCACCAAUUGCAACGGUACCAUUGGGGACGGGAAAUAAUCUUCCCUUUGCAUUUGGAUGGGGAAAGAAAAAUCCAACCACGGAUCUUCAAUCAGUGACGGCAUUCCUAAUGAAUGUAAAAGCGGCAAAGGAAAUGAAAAUAGACAGUUGGCAUAUUGUAAUGAGAAUGAAGGCUCCAAAAGAAGGUUCAUGUGACCCUAUUGCACCCCUUGAGCUGCCUCACGCUAUGCAUGCAUUUCAGCGUGUCUCUUCAACAGAUAAGCUAAACAUGGACGGUUACCACACUUACCGUGGGGGAUUUUGGAACUACUUUAGCAUGGGAAUGGAUGCUCAAGUAUCUUAUGCAUUUCAUUCAGAGAGGAAGUUGCAUCCAGAAAAGUUUAAAAAUCAGUUAUAUAAUCAGAGUGCCUAUCUGAAGCUUGGAUUUUCACAAGGAUUGUUCUUUUCUUCUCCGUUUCAAUCAUCACGGAAUAUAGGUCAGCUGGCCAAGGUCAAAAUAAUGAAAAAAGGCCAUUGGGAAGAUCUCCACAUACCUCGCAGCAUUCGGUCAAUUGUUUGCCUGAACUUGCCCAGCUUUUCUGGUGGACUCGAUCCUUGGGGAAAACCAAAUAGGAAGAAAUCAAUUUAUAGGGACCUGACUCUUCCCUAUGUGGAUGAUGGCCUAUUUGAGUUAGUUGGUUUUAGAGAUGCUUGGCAUGGUCUUGUUUUGCUUGCACCAAAUGGACACGGGACUCGUUUGGCACAGACAAGCAGAAUCCGAUUUGAGUUUCACAAGGGUGCAGCUGAGUGCACAUUCAUGAGAAUUGACGGAGAGCCAUGGAAACAACCCCUCCCAAAAGAUGAUGACACAGUUGUUGUUGAGAUAUCACACCAUGGUCAAGUUAGCAUGCUUGCCACCCCAUUGUGCCGUUCUAAAAGUAUGUAUGAUCCUUCCUCACCCUCCGUUGACCGGGAAGAAUAUGACAGCAGUAAUGAAGAACAAGAAGAAGAUUGGGAAGAACGCCGCAAAUUUGGUGCAGCUGAUACAUUCAAAUACCCUGAUGGAAUUGACAUAGCUCAAGUAAGUUAGUGUACACAAAGGAAUAACCAUACUAGCAUUGGUCAGUGUUUGGUGUAAGUAAAUGAAAGGGUGGUGCUAAAUUGUUUUCUUGUUUAGUGCAUAAUGUACAGGGGAUUUUGGAUCAAAUUACUCUAGUACUCAGUAAUGUUUGACUAGUUAUUCAUGUAAUGAACCUAGGAUCGGGUAUUGUUCUCAUACUUCUAGCGUGUAUGCCUUUUAGGUUUGAGUACGUUUAUUUAACCAUUACACAAUCUAUUCUUUCAUUUCAAUGCCAAUUGUGGAGA